AACGAUCGCCUACUACAACCAUUCGAGGUCAGUUUGAACAUUGAGAUCAAUACAAUCGAAGCUAUAGCUAUGGGUCGAAAAGGAAAAAAGAGGUCAGAAGCAUUGCGGUCUGAUCGAUCGCAAACACCGAAGAUCGUGGAGAAUAUCAAUGACUCUGAUGACGAAGAAAUUCCUGAAGACGAGGCCUUCAAUUCGGAAGAUGAGCGCCUAUAUGGCCAUUUCUUUGCUGACGAUGGUGAGGAAGACGACGGUGAAAAAAGCAUUUCGUCGACGUCGACGUCGUCUUCGGAGGCGGAGGUUACGAGUGAGGAAGAUGAUGACGACGACGACGAAGAUGGUGGCCAAUACAUGCUUGAUCUAUUGAACAAACUCGACGACUCUGGAACUGGCGACGACAAAAAUAAUGACAAAAUUUCUGUGGCACAAAUGGUCAAGAUUCCAGAAUCUGAUUAUUCCAAUUCMAUCUCCAAGAAAGGCCUAACGUUGGACAACCUGAUGGAGGGCAUUCAAGACACACAAGGCUUCCGAAACUUGCAAAAAUCUUUUUCCUCGAAGCCUUCCACCACACCAGCGCCUUUGGACAAGAAAACCUCGAGCCGUGCAGAGCGAAAGAUUGCAUACGAGGCUCGCUCGAGGGAUAUUUCUAGAUGGGUCGAUGUCAUACAGCAAAAUCGUCAGGCUGAAUCUUUAGAUUUCAAACCUAAGGAACGCACGGGAUUGACGCGAGACAUGUUAGUAGAUAAGUUUAAAGCAAAGACCGACUUUGAAAGGGAAAUUGAAGAAGCAUUAGAAGAAGCAGGACAACAGGAUGAAGAAGCUGUUCUAAAGAAGGAAGAAGAAGCGUUGCAAGAUGAUUUGGGUGCCAAUCGUUUGACUAUGGAGGAAUACAAAAAGAGGCGCGGUCAACUAGCCCAAAUUAGAGCGCUCAUGUUUUACCACGAACGAAAAAGACAUCAGAUGAAAAAAAUCAAGUCUAAAAAGUAUCGCAAGAUUAGAAAGAAACAACGUGACCGUUUGAAGGAGUCUGCCAUUGAAUCAGCUUUGGAGCAUGACCAAGAUCUCGCUCAAGAAUUAAAAGAGAAGGAAGAAGUUGCACGGAUUCAAGAACGGAUGACGCUUGCUCACAAGAAUACUAGUAAAUGGGCAAAGCGUAUCUUGAAGCGGGGUAAGAACGUUGAUAUUGAUACGCGUCGAGCACUUUCAGCACAGCUGAAAAGAGGAGACGAUCUGCGACGCAAGAUGAUGGGCAGUGAUGAAGAAGAUAAUCAUGAUGAUUCGGAAGACGAAAAUCUAAUAGAAUCGGCACGGAAAGUCUUGCAAGAAACGGAAGACGAUUUAGAUCCGACAAACGGAAAAACUGGUCUGUUCAAGUUAUCAUUCAUGCAAAAGGGAGUCCAAAGGCAAAGAGAUCAGGCUCGUGAAGAAGCGCGAAAACUUCUAGGGGAACUCGAAGGCAAUGAAACUGAUGAUUACGAUGAUAUCGUUGAAAACGAAGAAAAGGAAGAUGACCUUGAUGGAAAGGUAGAAAAGACGUUGUCAUCAAAAGAAAUGAGUUCUGUGCUAGAGAAAGGAGAGCUCGUGGCAACACCUUUAGAAUUCGGUAAUUCAAAUGCGAUUGCCACAAGUAAUGGUAUUGAAAUCGAUCUUGACAAAAUGAACAACAGUAGCGAUGCAGAAGUUAGUAAUCAUAAGAGGGUUCCUUCUGUAGCUGCCAACGACGGAAACAGUAAAUACGUUACUUUGAAAGAAUUCGAUAAAGUCUCACCAAAGGCUUUAGAUCACAGGAGCAGUUCGUCAAAGGAAGUGCUGCAGAAAAAAUCAAUGAGUAAGGAAAACAAGAAGGCGUCUAUUGCAGGAAUGAAACAGACUAUGGUUGAGAAUAGUGAUGAUAUCAAUCCAUGGAUGAAUUCGAAAUCGGAGACUAGAAGCAGCAACAAGUCGGCAAAGAAAACCAAGCGAAAAGGGAUCAUAGAUAUAGAAGGAGCUACCGAUAUUUUGGAUGCCGAGAAGCACGACGAUGAGAUGGACAAACAGCGAGUGAAACCAGGUGGAAAAUCUCUUUCAGAAGAAAACGGGAACAGUGAGACCAAAAAGAUAACAUCGUUGACUCAAGAAGAACUCGUUCGUAGAGCAUUUGUUGCUCAGAAUGAAUCGGAGAUUGAAGAAGAAUUCAAGAAAGAAAAGGAAUCCAUUGUCGUCGAAAAUGAUCCAACKCGUAAGGUCGAAAAAGGCCAAGGUGCUUCAGAAGAAGUAGCUGGUUGGGGCUCCUGGACUGGUCAAGGAGCACCGCCUCCAAUGCCUCGAAAAUUGCCCAAAAAGUUACGAGCUCCCAAGAAAAAGGAAGAAAAGCGAAAGCGCUUCGAUGAUUACAAGCCAGACAUUAUUAUCAAUAAAAAGCGAUUGAAGAAGGCRGCGAAUAAGUUUAUGCUGGCAGAUGUUCCUCAACCAUAUGCCUCUCGUGUAGAGUAUGAACACGCGAUGUUGGGUGGCGUUGGACGAGAGUGGAACGUUUCGAGUUCGUUCAAGAAGGUAACUAGACCUGAAAUUCUCACUCGAUCAGGGAAAAUCAUCCAGCCGAUAUCGAAGAGGGCGAAGCAAUCAAGACCUGCCGCUAAGUUUUGAUCGCAAAAUGUUCAAUUCGCAAUAAUUUACACAUGUUCACAUGUUACCGUUUCAAUGCUGUACUUUCKAAAAUUAAACUAGGGUUGCAUAGAACUUCUUAUUUUUUAGUUCGAAUUACUUCGUUUGAAUACAAAGAAUUGGUUUACAAGUGCAUGUGAUGAGUGAUGUUCAAGUUGAGUGUACAAGAUAGAAUAGAGCCGGUUCAAUUCUGAAAUUACUCCGUUGAACGAUGCACCACGUCGAGUACAUGAUGAAAUUAAAAGGAGGAAGCCACCUGCUUCGCUUUGUUCACUAAAGGAAUAGUGAUCGAAAGAACAAUCACCAGAACGAUACCGCCCAAAAGAAGAGUCAUUUUCAAGUUCUUCCAUUGCAUUUGCUUCUUCAGGUCAGUACUUCUUUUCUUGAAGACGGAUGCUUGUUCGUUGAGUUGUUCUGACUUGGCCGCCAUGUCUUCGGCCUUUUCUGUGUUCUUCAGCAUAUCUGCAAUAUUGUCUUGCAUUUGACCCUUCACGGCGUCUACUUGUCCCAAAAUUUUUGACGUCUUAUCAACUGCAGAUGGAUCCUCGAAUUUUUUCGAUACAGCCUGGAGAAUAGACUUCGCCUUUUUCGACAGCGAAUUUUCGGCAGCARUCUUGGCAGCGUCGCCAUACUUUGCAGAAAAAUCAGUGUAGAGAUCUUGCAGCAUACCAAUGGCCACGCGUGACGGAUACUGUGUUCCUGUGAUUGUUGCACAACCUGAGGGUUGACCAUUCAUGUUGAACAAGAUUGAGGGUGAGAAUGCAGUUGAUGCCAAGAUUUUGCGAAGCAGUACUCGUUUCCUCAGAUCCCAUCGAAAACAGAAUCAUAAAGAGUUAUUUUCUUCUGUGGUCAUGGAAAAACGAAGAAUACAAUCAAUACUGUUGCGGAUACCGCCAAAACCAUGUAUUUACGUCACUCUCUAACGGCUACGGAGUCAUCGUGCUGGAUUUACUUACACAGGCCAUCAAUAUCAGCUCCAUAAACAAUCUGGUGCUGAUCUGACUGAACAACCUUGAAUCCUCCGAGAGUACCACUUUGAGAAAGACCGGAGGGUGGGUCAUUGGUUACUACACCCGCCACAGCCUCGGCAUACGACUUAUCGUGGCCACCGUACAAACUGGAAUCUGCUCCUCCAUGAGUUUCGUACUGGCCGGCGUGGUCGUACUUUGCAACGCAGACGGCAGUUCCGCCGCUUCCAAUGCGGUAAAUCAAGGCACAUCGAAGCU